UUAUAUUCCUGGAAUUCGUACUUCCAUAAAUAUGUUGACGGGUAUUUAAAAGGUUUAAUAGAAGAAACGCCUGGUAUCGUAUUGGUUUCUUUUAUCUUCCAAAUUCUUGUAGAGUUUGACGGAAUUUCCGGUUUACUGUCAAACUUGACCUAAAUGGAUCCAAUGGAAUGGAAGGCUUUGGUCACCCAAGCCGGAGGAAACAAUUAAAAUAUGAGCCAGAUCCAACAAUGACAUCCAGAUUUGGUAAAACCUACAGCCGUAAGGGAGGAGAGGGUUCGUCCAAGUUUGACGAAGUGCUGUCCACCAAGAGGGGCACUCUGAGCACAAAAUGGGGGGACACCACCUACAAGGCCAAGGUGGGCUCCAAGCGUGCUGGCCCUCCAAAGGGCUCUUCGUUCCUGGACACUCACAAGCGAGCCCGACUUGGAGGGGGCGGCUCGGACGACCCGUUUGGCUUCGACAGUGAUGAGGAGUCGAAGCCGGUGUCCUCUCGUGGUGGUGGCAAGUCAUCACCUGCCAAGAUGGCCUCAGCGGAAGCCCCAAUGGUGGAAAAAGUGAGACUCAGCCCGGACCCCAGAAACUGGUCUAGCUUCCGCGAAGGACUCCACGGCUCAGUGCAGGACAUGUCACGGCCGGGUGGGACGGAGCGUUGUGGCCCCUUCUUCAACAGCGGCCAUGCCAGCAAAGGUAUACCCGAGAGCUCCUCGCCGUCUUGGGAGAAGCAGCACAGCUACGCGUGGUACCAAAACGCCUCGGAGAGCGACCGGAAGCCUUUGGCGCAGACAGCCACCUUGAAGACCUCCACCAAGGCCGAGUCCACCUACAGCUCCUGGGACGCCCUAAUGGGCUUCCGACCGCCUUCGCCCAGUCAGGAGCUGCGUGCCCCAGCGCUCUCUUGGACUUCGGCGGUCGCGGGGGACAAGCUGCCUUCGCCGCCUCGCCUGCAGAGCCCCGUGGAGAGCCGGGACCCAGAUAGCGUCUUUGGCUUCGAGACGGCCGACUACUGCCGAACGACGUCGUCCCCUUCGGCGCACGUGCGGAACUCAAAAUGUCGGACGUACCGCAGGCCCGGCAAGCGGAGCGCCUCCAAAGCUACGGAUUGUGGCGAUACGGCUCGGGGUCCGCUCACGCCGGGGUCUGGCGGCGCGGGCGCAACGGAGGCGACUCGGAGCAGCGGGACGAGGGAUUACUCCGUGCUGCACCCUUCCUCUGCCUCCAUGUGUAACGUCACCAAUCAAGCGGGCGGCGUGAAGUUUACCAGUGAAGCCGCUCGCGCUAGCGAUAAGAGCGCUGCUGGCUUUAGCGGCGCCGACGGGCAGCUCGCUGCUACGCGGCAGCGAAAGAGGACCGAGCAACAGGACAGCAGUCAGAACCAGUCCAGAUCGAAGAAGGGAACCAAAACGGACCUGUUCGGUUUCGACGAACUUGACGCCUGCCAUGAAAACGAGACUGACGCCUCGUCCAAACUCAAAAUGAAAUACUUUGGUUUUGACAACAUGAGCGACAGCGAGGCAGUUGGCGACGACGACGACGACGACGGCGACAGCAGGAUGAAAGUGAGAGCACGCUUCAAAGCGGUUGCCGAGGAAACGGCGCCCGCCGCCUUGGAGGAGGACGCGCACGACGAGCCCGUCAGGAACUGCCGCGCCCUUCAGAGAUGCGCCACCGGGCGGAGCCAAAACUACUUGCACGGGCAGGAUGGCAGCUUACAAGCAGAGUCAGCCGGGCAGCUCCUGGAUAGCCUCCCCGCGGACGUGUUGAGCUUCUCCGAGGACGAUCUGCGGGUGGUGGCCUCGGGCCCCAGGAGGCACCCCCAGGGCAAGCCGGUCAACAAGAACCACAAUACCCACCGGAGGAUCUUCAGUGCACAGAAGAAGUCACCAACCAAAGCAGUGUACAACGCCCGCCACUGGACGCUGCAGAGCAAAGAGGAGCCCAUUCCGUCCGUCACGUGCCGCCCGCCGGCGACUCCCGCGCCGCAGCUGUCGGGAGGAGCGUCGAGCGACGUGGCGUCGGACGCGCAGAAGGACAACGGCGUCUUCAAAGCCCCGCCUCCUCCUCCCAAGGUCACCAAGUGUGUGCACGUCCCCAGUGACCCCUACCAGGACACCGUCACCACCCUCAAGUGUCGCAAAGAGCACAAGGAGCUCUACACGGUGGUCCAGCAAGUGAAGCACUUCAACGACGUGGUGGAGUUUGGCGAGAACCAGGAGUUCAUCGACGACUUUGAGUACCUGGCCGCCGGCCUGAAGAGCGGACAACCGCUCAACACGCGCUGCCUCAGCGUGAUCAGUCUGGCGGCGCGCUGCGCCAUGCCCAGCUUCAGGAUGCACCUGAGGGCACGAGGGAAGGUGGCGCAGGUCUUCCAAACGCUCAACGACGCCCCCCAGCACCAUAACCUGGCCAUGUGCACCGCCUCCCUCAUGUACAUCCUCAGCCGCGACCGGCUCAACAUGGACCUGGACCGCUCCUGCUUGGACCUGAUGAUCCGGCUACUGGAGCUGGACCAGGACCACGGCGGCUGCGACCCGGCGUCCCAGCUGAGCGCCAGGGAGAUCUGCAAGAUGAAGGAGAAGAUCCGCAAGCUCUGCGACACGGUGCACAACAAGCACCUGGACUUGCAGAACAUCACGACGGGUCACCUGGCCAUGGAGACGCUUCUGUCACUGACGUCCAAGCGGGCGGGCGACUGGUUCAAAGAGGAGCUGCGGCUCCUGGGAGGCCUGGACCACGUCGUGGAUAAAGUGAAGGAGUGUGUGGACAACCUGAAAACGGAGGACGACAAGGAGAAGCUGGUGUCGUCCUUGUGGGGAGCCGAGAGAUGUCUACGCGUGCUGGAUAGCGUGACGGUGCACAAUACAGAGAAUAUGAACUACUUGAUUGCCUACAAAGACUCGUCGCUCAUUGUGUCCUGUGCCAAGGCACUGCGGCGCUGCGAAGAGAUGAUCCGGCGCUACAGCAGGGAGGUCGUCGGCGGCACCCAGCUGAGCGCGGACGGCGGCUCGGUGGUGGCCAAAGCGGUGGAGAACUGCAUGAGGGCCAUCAUUUGCGUUCUGCUCAACCUGACGCACGACAACGAGUGGGGCAGUACCAAGACGGGCCAGCAGGACGACUUGAUCAGGACGGCGCUCAACUGCGUUCUCAGAGUUCCGCAAUACUUCCCGCAGGAGAAGAGGUUCGACAUCCGCGUCCUGGGCCUGGGCCUGCUGAUCAACCUUGUGGAGUACAGUGCCAGGAACCGCUACUGCCUGAUGGAAAUGGAGACGGAGGGAGGUCAGGGUCCCUGCGACUCCACCGUGCUUCUCCUGCCACCGUACCAGCCCGACGUGGUCAUCGCCGGCGGUCCGCUCGGCGCCGUAGCAGCGCUCGUGCAGCUGUUCCUCCAGCGAGAGCGAGCGGCCGCCCAAGCCGAGGCGCAGACCGACGACCUCAUCAAAGAGCCCGCCGCCAAGCCGGCGGACAAGAGCGGCCAGUGGCAGGAGACGGGCGGCGAGAUCCAAUGGGUGGCCAACGACAACCACUGCGACGACGCCCAGGAGAAGGACGACAAGGAUGAGAAGAAGGAGGAAGAAGACCAAGAGCUGGACCUCAACAAAGCUCUGCAGCACGCCGGCAAGCACAUGGAGGACACCAUGGUGGCGUCGUACACGGCUCUGCUGCUGGGUUGCCUCUGCAAGGGAAGCCCCAUGAAUGUGACUACUGUGCGAGAGAACUUACCUCAGGGGGAUUUCUCCGUCAUGACGGUGUUGCUCAAGAAGUUCCUCAACUUCAUGAACCUCACAUGUGACAUCGGCACCACAGGACAGAAAUCCAUUGCCAGAGUCAUCGACUUUCUGGAGCACUGCUAGAUGCACGCACACACACACACGCACACACACACACACACACACACACAUACACAAGCGGUCCACCUCCAGUCAGUAUUUUCACUCCUGUGCCGUAUUUGGUGCUCCCGGUUCUGACCCCUCAAUCAAGCUACUGUUUUGUUAUUUU